AUGGCAUCUAAGGGGAUAUCGGCUAAGAAGCAGCAAGAGCUGCAAACAACAUAUUCAAACUAUAAGAAUACCCUGCAGCAACUGGCUCAGAAGAUUGGUGAUGUUGAGCAAGAAGCCGAAGAACACAAGUUCGUGAGACUCUUUCUCUACCCUCUCAUUCUUGACAUCACGGAACCACAUUCGCUUGUUCUUGAUACCUUGGAACCACUUCCGCGGGAUCGCAAGUGCUUCCGCAUGAUCAACGGCGUGCUGGUGGAGCGGACAGUCCAGGACGUAAUCCCUGCUUUGAAGACCAAUGCUGAAGGGUUGAAGAAGGUGCUCGACGACUUAGUCAAGCAGUACAAGAUCAAACAGGACGAUUUAGAAAAGUGGAAGAAGAAGAACAACAUCCAGGUUGUACAGUCGUGA